CUUUCUAAUAGAUUCUUCGAUCCCAUUUUCGCCCUGAGCAUCGGAUUCACAGCUGCCGCAGUGAGAAUUAAUCGCGAAGAAAAGGAAAAGGGAAGGACGACGGAGCAGACGAUGGAGGCGUUGAAGAAGAGGACGAGUCGGUUGGUUUUUGGG